AUGCCGCCCGCGGCGGUGGCCCCCUCGGUCUCCCUCCGGGAGCUGGCCGACCUCGCCAUCGGCACCCCGGAGGUGGGUGCCGUCAACUUCACGGCCCUGCACAAGCUCAUCGUGGCCAUGCUCAAGCACCUCAACCUGCAGGAUACGCGGAUCGACUUCCAGUCCCCGAUGCUCGAGCGGAGUCGCUCCUUCGAGUCCCCGCGGGUCUCGAGCAGCACCCCGCAGGUGGCUGCGCCCAAAGAGAAGCGGAAGGGCAGCGUGAUCAGGGCGCAGCCGCAGGCGCUGGAGAGCCAGGUGAAGGACCUGGGCGGGCAGGUCCAGGACCUCAGCCAGCAGCUCAAGACCAUGGGGAGCCAGGUGCAAGCCAUCGUGACGCACGUGCAGCACCUCCCCUCCGAGGCUGGCGGGCUGGACGCCCGGGACUGGCUGGAAGCGAAGGAUCUGGCUUUGGUGACGCAGGGCAAGGCGCAAAUAGGGUCUGCGACCAAAGAAGGUGUCUCUGAACUCUUCUUCCAGAAACUCCUCCAACGGAUUGACCAACUGGAGAAGCUAAUUAGAGAAAGGGACGAAUUCCUGGAAAUAAUAAGCCGGAAGGUGGGUGUGAUGCCCGGUGCAGAAGAAGCCACCAUGGUCACCUGGGAAGAGCUGGAGCAGGCGAUUACUGACGGCUGGAAGUCCUCACAAAUGAUCUCAGAGUCAUCAACAGGAAUUCCUAAGCGCAAAGUACAGGGUUCUGUGAUAUCAAAUGAUAUCAUUCCAAGUGGAACCUCCACCAAGUAUCCAAGUACUGACCAGGCUGUGGGGUCCGCCAGUGGUUUUAUCACAGAUAAGACCUUAUCAGGAACCAGUGGCAUAGGAUACUCUGAAGGGGUUACUGGCAGGGAACAAAGCAAAGGUGCCCCUGCUACUGUGUUUCCUGGUAGAGAACAGCACUCCAGGGCCCGUGAUGAAGCUGGUGUGGCCAAAGCCCAUCCCCCAUCUGUGUCCCAAUUGAGAACAGAGUCAGAUCGUCGCCGGUCUAGAGAGCAGCACAGCUUAGCACAUAAACGCAGAGAUGAACGAGAUGUACACCCUGGCCCAUUAUAUCAAGACGUGUCCUCGGCCACCUUGCCUAGAGAGAGGCAUGGUCACAUGUCCCCAGAUCAGCAUGGGGGAGUGUAUGGUAGCCAGGGUCAACUCUAUGCAAGGCCAGAUCAACAUGGAUUAGGAGCCCUUGGCAUGGAGCAGCUUACGUCGCUACAGCCUAGCACUUACAUACAUGGCGUGUUACCUUUCAUUGUGGGUCAGCUUGGAGUGAUGCCACCUGGAAUGGAUGAGCAGGAAUUGGUACAAGCUGACAUGGCUCAGAGGGAUGCGGUGCCACCAUUGGUACCUGGCAGAGAUCAGCAAGGAUUGGAACUACCUGGUACAGAUCAGCCUGGUGUGGUUCCCCUUAGCGCCUAUCAGCGUGAUGUGAUACUUCCUGGCAUGAACGAGAGUAGUAUGGGACCACUUGGCACAGAGCAGCAUGGACUGGUACCUCUUGGUGUAGAUCAGCAUGGAUUUGUAAUAUUUCGCAUGGAUCAGCAAGGAUUGGUGUCACCUGCUUUGAUGCAAGUUGCUGCAGAUCAGCAAGGUUCUGUACAGCCCAGUUUGGGAAUAUCUGGCUUCAUACAGCCUGGCGCAGAGCGGCAUGAUAUGAUCCAGCCUGCUGCAGGUCAGCCUGCUGCAGGUCAGCCUGGUUUUGUGCAACGUGGUGCACGUCACCCUGGAUUCGUGCAGCCUGGAAUGUAUCAGCGAGGUUUGGUGCAGCCUGGUGCAGGUCAGCCUGGUUUUGUGCAACGUGGUGCACGUCACCCUGGAUUCGUGCAGCCUGGAAUGUAUCAGCGAGGUUUGGUGCAGCCUGGUGCAGGUCAGCCUGGUUUGGUGGAACCUGGUGCAGGUCAGCCUGGUUUGGUGCAGGCUGGUGCAGGUCAGCCUGGUGCAGGUCAGCCUGGUUUGGUGGAACCUGGUGCAGGUCAGCCUGGUUUGGUGCAGGCUGGUGCAGGUCAGCCUGGUGCAGGUCAGCCUGGUUUGGUGGAACCUGGUGCAGGUCAGCCUGGUUUGGUGCAGGCUGGUGCAGGUCAGCCUGGUUUGGUGCAGGCUGGUGCAGGUCAGCCUGGUUUGGUGGAACCUGGUGCAGGUCAGCCUGGUUUGGUGGAACCUGGUGCAGGUCAGCCUGGUUUGGUACAGCCUGGAGUGGAUCAGCCUGGUUUGGUGCAGCCUGGUGCAGGUCAGCCUGGUUUGGUGCAGCCUGGUGCAGGUCAGCCUGGUUUGGUACAGCCUGGAGUGGAUCAGCCUGGUUUGGUGCAGGCUGGUGCAGGUCAGCCUGGUUUGGUGCAGGCUGGUGCAGGUCAGCCUGGUUUGGUGCAGCCUGGUGCAGGUCAGCCUGGUUUGGUGCAGCCUGGUGCAGGUCAGCCUGGUUUGGUACAGCCUGGAGUGGAUCAGCCUGGUUUGGUGCAGCCUGGUACAGGUCAGCCUGGUUUGGUGCAGCCUGGUGCAGGUCAGCCUGGUUUGGUGCAGCCUGGUGCAGGUCAGCCUGGUUUGGUGCAGCCUGGUGCAGGUCAGCCUGGUUUGGUGCAGGCUGGUGCAGGUCAGCCUGGUGCAGGUCAGCCUGGUUUGGUACAGCCUGGAGUGGAUCAGCCUGGUUUGGUACAGCCUGGUGCAGGUCCAUAUGGCUUUUUUCAACCUGGUGUAUCUAUGCCUGGCUUGGUUCCACCUGAUGCACAUCCACCUGGUCUGGUACAGCCUGGCGCGUAUCCACGUGGUUUGGUCCAGUCUGGUGCCUUUCCACAUGGUUUCAUGCAGCCUGGUGCCGAUCGGCGUUCUUUGGUUCAACCUGUAAUAGAUCAGCGUUGGUUGAGGCAAUCUGGUACAGAUCGAGGCUUGAUACCACCAGGAACAGAGCUUUAUGGCUUUCCAACAUACCAUGCAGAUCCUCGAAGUUUUAUAACAGCACGCCCAUACCAGUAUGGUGUGGCACCUCCUGGCAGAGAUCAAUAUGGUCGGAUGUCAUCAUUCCUAGCCAGUCAGGGUUUGGCAUCACCAGGGAUAGAUCAAGAAAGUUUGGUACCACGAGAGACUUAUCAACAAGGUUUCUUGCGUCCUGGCUCAGACCAGCGCAGCCCAACCCCAUUACGCACAAGCGUGGGAUCUGCGCGCCAAGAUCAACAGCAUUUGGAAACACCUGAAGCAGAGCCGCGUGACCAGGCAUAUUCUGUGCCAGACUCCCAUGGCCCAGGGUACCAAGGUAUAGAUCAGUACACCCAGGUAGGUUUGGAUCCAAAUGAAAUCUAUGACUCAAGCCAACGUGGAGUUUCUGUUCAGACUUCCCCAAGCCAAGAUGCCCCCUUUCUCAGGAGCACACACUCCUUUGACUAUUUAUACCGAGGCUCAUCAGAAAGGAGUGAUGUGCAGAGUGAGAGACAUGAUUCACUGGAGAAAUUGGCUCCCAGCUUCCCCAUAGCGCUGGAAACAUUCCAUCUGAUGGGAGAGCUUGUCGGCCUCUACGUGGAGCUGAAGGAGAACAUAAAGGAUCUGGUUGAUGAGCAAGCUGGCCAAACGGACUUGGAGAAGAUCCAGUACCUGCUGGCACUGAUGGUCAAGAAGUCCAUACCCCCUGACCUGCAGGAACAGCUGAAGACCUUAAAGACCUUGACCAAAGAAGUUCAGCAGGAAAAAGCGAAACUGGAGAAGAUGAACAGGAUCGUGGAGGGCGACGGGGAGCAAGAAACAGGAAAGGAGGUGAAAGCCGGCCAGCUGAACCUGCAACUGGGCAUCCUCAGAGUCACCAUGGCUGACAUCGAGAAGGAGCUGAUGGAGCUGAGGGAGAGCCAAGAACGGGGCAAGGUCAGCAUGGAACAUUCCGUCUCCGAAGCCUCCCUUUACCUGCAGGAUCAGCUAGACAAGCUCAGGACCAUCAUCGAGAGCAUGCUGGCCUCGUCCUCCACGCUGCUGUCCAUGAGCGUGAACAUGGCCCCGCACAAGCCGCUGACCACCCUGGCACCUGGCCAGAUUGACCCUGCAGCCACCUGCCCAGCCUGCAGCCUGGACCUGAGCCAUCAGGUCAGCACGCUGGUGCAGCGCUACGAGCAGCUCCAGGACAUGGUCAACAACCUGGCGGCCUCCCGACCCUCCAAGAAGGCCAAGCUGCAGAGCCAGGACGAAGAGCUGCUGGGCCGUAUCCAGAGUGCCAUCCUGCAGGUGCAGGGUGACUGCGAGAAACUCAACAUCACCACCAGCAACCUCAUCGAGGACCAUCGGCAGAAGCAGAAGGACAUUGAAGUGUUGUACCAGGGUCUGGAGAAACUGGAGAAAGAAAAGGCCAACAGGGAACACCUGGAGAUGGAGAUCGACAUGAAAGCCGACAAGAGUGCCCUGGCAGCCAAAGUGAGCCGGGUCCAGUUUGAUGCCACCACGGAGCAGCUCAACCACAUGAUGCAGGAGCUGGUGGCCAAGAUGAGCGGGCAGGAGCACGACUGGCAGAAGAUGCUAGACAAGCUCCUGGUAGAGAUGGACAACAAGCUGGACCGCCUGGAGCUGGACCCAGUGAAGCAGUCGCUGGAGGAUCGCUGGAAAUCUCUGCGACAGCAGCUCAAAGAGCACUCCCCCCUCUACCAGGCAGACGAGGCAGCCGCCAUGCGGAGGCAGCUCUUGGCACAUUUCCACUGCCUCUCAUGUGACCGUCCCCUGGAGACACCUGUGACUGGACAAGUCAUCCCCGUGACUCCUGUGGGCCCGGUCCUGCCGGGGCACCGGUCCAUCCGCCCCUACACGGUCUUUGAACUGGAGCAGGUCCGGCAGCAGAGCCGCAACCUGAAGCUGGGCGGCACCGCCUUCCCCCGGGGCGACCUGGAGCAGCUGGAGCGGGGCGUGGGGCGCCUGCGCCGCAUGCACUCCAAGAUGCUGAUGGACAUCGAGAAGGUGCAGGUCCACUUCGGGGGCUCCGUCAAGGCCAGCAGCCAGACGAUCCGCGAGCUGCUGCACGCCCAGUGCCUCAGCUCCCCCUGCUACAAGCGGCUGCCAGAUGUGGCUGAUUACACCUACUCGACGGUGCCCCGGCGCUGCGGGGGCAGCCACACCCUGACCUACCCCUACCGCCGCAGCCGCCUGCAGCACCUGUCGCAGGGCCUGUACCCCACCGAGGAGAUCCAGAUCGCCAUGAAGCACGAUGAGGUGGAUAUCCUGGGCCUGGAUGGACAUAUUUACAAGGGACGGAUGGAUACAAGGCUGCCAGACAUCCCGAACAAAGACAACUCAGGGAUGAAGCACAAGGCCAAGCAGUCCCGGCCGCACGUGCACCGGCAGCAGACCCUCAGCGACAGCAGCCAGCUGCCCUCGCGGCCUCAGAGCGCCCAGAUGCUGGCUGGCAACAACUCAGCUCCUUCCCGUCAACGGAAAGACAGACCCGUCUCCACGGAGGGGCGCCUCUCCCAGCCGAACACUGGCCACCUGCCCAGCGAGGUGGCAAACCUGCCAGCAGGGCUGGAGAUGCACAUGGAUGUGCCUCCUGGGGAGGGGCUCGAGGAGCCCACCCGGGGGCCGCAGUCCACCACUGCUCACUGAGCAGAGCUAUAAAUAAAUGUUUAGGAAAAAGCUCAGGACCAUGUGGCUUCUCUGGUCCUGGCUCAGGAAGGUGGAGAGGGAGGGG